UGAAAACAGACCAAGAAAACCCGAAAAAAAUUUCACCCCCUCUUGACUCUUGACAUUCUUCCCUGAAUCUCUCUUCAAUUUUCAUCGCUCAAACUGCGUUGAUUUCUCACCAUCAUCCCAUCUCCCUACACACACAACACGCACUAGAAAUUAUCCUAUUUUAUCCUAUAUUUAAGACAACUUUGUUAGUACUUACUAGUGCUUGCACAAAAUCCAAAUUUUUCAAGAAAAAAACCCACAAAAAAGUAGUUCAAGAAUGGAUGAAUUUGGAGUAUUGGUGGAGAGUAUUGGGUUCAAAUCACAAAGGAAUUCAGCUCCAAUGGCACACUUGAAAUCCAAACCAAAAACCAACCUCAGUGUUAACGAUGGCUUCCCUGAUAUCUCUUCUGCAAAUGCAUCAAGAUCAUCUUUUUAUGAUAAUAAUGAUUACUUUGUGGAUGAUCUUGAUGGGAUUUUUCAGUCGAAUAGAAACAAUUACAGUAGUUCCAAGAAAUCUCAGAACUUUUUUGAUGGUGGAGAUGAUAUUUUUGAUGGAGGGUCUUUCUUGAAUUCAAAACCACAGAAGGGGAUAAUUGAUUUUGACUCAGUUUUUGACUUAAAGAAUUCAAAUUCUAAGUCGAGUUCGAAUUUUCAUGGUGAUGACUUGUUAACUUCAGGGCCAAGAAAAGGUGAUGCUCUUGAUGAUUUUUUUGGUAAUCUGAAGAAGGGUGGGGAGGAAAAGGGAUCCCAGUAUGAUGAUCUGAUUCCAGGUUUUGAAGGAACUAGCCCCUCAAGGAGUAAUGACCCUGGAAAUACUAGAAUGGCAUCAAAACCUAAAGUUUCUCAGCCUUCUAGUGGUUAUUCAUCUAAAUCAAGCUCUGCGGCAGAUGAUCCUUUUUUGGUCUUUGAAUCAUCUAGAUCUGAAGAAAAUACUUCUUCUUGGCCAUUCUCUGAUUUAUUGGAACAAAAUGCUGGGAACAGCUCGGUUGAAUCAUCCUUAGAUGAAUUUGAAAAAUUUGCCAGGGGUAUGCCUCCUGGUGAUGCACAUGAUAAGCCAAGUGGGGAAGCAGUUAGAAAUAUAAAAAUUUCUUUGAAGAAGAAGGAGGACAAAGCCAGAGAUAAUGCUAGUGGUAGAGAUGUAAAUACAGAUGCAAAAGUAGUGCAUGAGAAACGAAGAGGAAAAGAAAAAGAUAGGGCAGACAAGGACAAGGUUACCAACUGCAAAAAGGAAUCAGUUGGAAUUAAUAUUUUUGGUGUGGACACUCUUUCAAAUGUUAAUGGGCCCAGAUCUCAACUUAAGGACCCUGAUCUUGAUGCAUUAUUUAAUGAGAAGCGAGAACCUGAAGUGAAGGAGACAUCAAUACAAGGAAGUUCAAGGACAUCAAAAGAUUUUGAUGGAUUGUCUUCCCUUUUUGAAGGACCUGAAUUCCAGGAAAUUGAAGGGGAAACUGUAGAAAGAAGAAGCAGGAGACUGAAUCAACAUAUUAAGAUCCAAGAAAGAAUGUUUAAAGCUUUGGAAGAAAAGACUCAGCGUGAUUUUGAGGCUCAGUACGAGCAGGAAGAGCGGCAUAGACUUGCUGACUGUCUGGAUAAUGAUAUCAAGCGUUGGUCAGCUGGAAAAGAAAACAACUUGCGUGCUUUGCUGUCGUCAUUGCAAGAUGUGCUAUGGCCUGAAAGUGGUUGGCAACCUGUUUCCUUGGCAGAUUUAAUCACUUCUGUAUCUGUUAUUAAGGUUUACAAGAAGGCAUCUAUGUGCUUUCAUCCAGACAAGGUUCAACAAAGGGGAUGCAAUCUGCAGCAGAAGUAUAUUGCAGAGAAAGUUUUUGAUGUUCUAAAGGAAGCACGGAGCAACUUCAGUGAACUAUAGUGAGCUUGACAUUAACCUGGAUAGCCUAUGACCUCCGUUCUUGGAGAUUGAUGUUCCAUGUAGGGCAAGUCUUUUGGUGAAUCUUCUAAAAAUGAGGCCCCUCCAUGUCGGAUGCCUUGAUCAAAUGUCCUAUGGUGCAUGAACACUCAUCCAGAAAUGCUGUACCAUGGUAGAUGUGCAUGCUCUCCAGUCAGGAGGCUGUGACUGCGGUGCUGAAGUAGUGGUGCUUGGUUUACGCUUACCUAUGUUUAUGACUGCAAUUUCAAAAGCCUUCUUUUUGUUAUGGUAUUUGGUCUCUCAUGCAGUAAUCAACAUAAUAUUGCUCAAUACACGGAUUUGCCUCCACAAGCAACAGGGGUUUCGUAAUUUAAAUGUUUUGGAAAUUUACCCAAAACAAAAUUGUUUUGGAAAUUUGUCAUUUAA